CCGCCUACCUGCCUUUAUUUGUAACUCUAAUCUGUAUUAUUUGUUGAGCACCGUCACUCUUCACGAUUUCAGUUGUCAGACCGUCCACUUACAAGCGAUUGCUCGUCUAGCCGGACUUUUGGAGUUAAAUCGGCUUGUUUCCCGGCAUCCUUCUUCCGGCUACCGUAACUUACAAGACCAUCUACCUCGGCGCAUUACGUUCGGCGCAACCCAAUCCUCCGUUGACCUUUUUUUUUUUAACCUUUACGGCAAUAAAUUAGCCUUGGCUUGUGGGAUUAAUCGUUGCCAAGUGCUCAUAACCUUUAAUCAUCACAUCGAAAACAACCUGUUCAAAAAGGGUUUCCACACCGUUUUCUCUAAGGGGCUUAUAUAUCAAUUUACGGACUUCAGCCUUUUGUCAGUGCUCCGAGCCCACCUUCCAGGUCUCAAGUUGGCACGACUUGCUUCAUUGGAGAAAAUUCGGCUUGACUGGAACUCGAACCAGCCGCGUACGCGAGUGCCAUUCCCCUUCGCCUCCUGGAAACUCACCAGGUCUUUCUUUUUCUUCUUAUUCCCUUAUUCCUUACGGCCUUCGCCCACAAGCUAUGAAUCAGAGACAAACUUCUAUUGGGCCCAAGGUAUUCGUGAAAAACGGGAAUUUUUGGAAAGUAGAACGCAAAGCAACUUUUGAAAAGUUAAAACUUGGUCGCGCUGAGCAUCGCACAAGAUGGCACAGGAACAGACAGUGUUACCCAAGGGGAUUGUGCUCAAUAACGAAACUAUCUACGCAGAAAUAGCGAAAUACGACAUCAUACCAGUGGAUAUGAUUUUAAAGUCUUGUCGUGUUUACUCUACAACUUCUCGGAAGUUAUAUGAUCCCACAGCCAGACGCUUGGAGAACUUCUGGACGCGUUUGCUCGGCGGUGAUCGUCGCUACCUAUCCGGUAGGCUCAUCUCACAGCUGUUCAGGGAUAUUUCCGAGGAGACGGCCUUCGUUAAGCUGCGUGGCCCAGAUAACAGAUAUGAGCCACCUUCUCCAAGUUCAAGACCACACGAUGCUCAAGCAACUUCUUCGGCAUCUGCGUCCAAGCUAAAACUCAAAUCUACAACGCCUUCUAGCAAGACUCCUCGUCCCAUACUAAAGAGACCUAGGGGAACUUCAGCUUCAGGACCGCGGCCAACCGCCCGAUUUGUGUCACCGCCUGAACCCGGCAUUACUGGCGAGCUUACGACUGUUAAAGCAACGAAGGAUUCGGGCAGCUCGGCAUCUAAGGAAGAGAAGGUAAAGGGACGGCCUAUCAAGCCGAAGAAGAAAGCGACGGCGUUUGUGGCAUCAACGUCUAGAAGACGACCCGGAAUGCCUCGAAGAACAAGCUCACAAUCUUCCGCCGGGGCUUCUGACCUCGGGCCCAAAGAAGGAGACUCGUCGCUAGGAUCCAAAUACGAUGGCUCACAGAGCUCGAUCCCAACAAUACUAGAGAAGCCAGAACAGCAACUGGCUAAUACGAAUAAGGGGAAGGGGACUGUAGGUGUGAGUGCAAAGGCUGCUGGAAAACGCCCUAUGACUCAACCACAGGUAGACAAAACAGAAUUGGAACCCGAAAAGGUGGGAAGUAGCCAGUCCCAAAAUGCGACCCUUUCAGCAGAGCAAAGCUCAGAUCGGCCAGGUCGGGCAGGCAACGCUGCCGGAAGCUUUGGGAGCCGCUCCAAGACCUCUUCGCCUGCUGCUGUUCUGAAAACCAAUACACCACAGGAAACUUCGCCAUUGAUGAUCCGGUCUUCUUCCGAUGCUGGCCCUAUUCGUCCGACUUCACGGGAUACAAGCCGAGCAACAGUCCCGCCAACUAGCUUAAUGUCCUCAACCCCGGCUAAGCUUGACACCUCGGUUAUUGGCCAGGGAACAAUAUCUGGUUUCAGGGAGGACCUUCGCGCUCAAAGCGCCUUGUUAGACCGACCCGGAGACAGUAGUGUUCACGGAACUCCCGACCUAACUUCAGAAAUACCUAGCGGCUCUGGCCUUAGCCGACCUACUCAACCUAGUACCACAGCCGCAAUACCCUUGGCCCGUUCCAAAAGUCAAUUGUCACUACUACUUGACCGAAACGGCGAGAAACCAAAAUCUAAGCGAUGAUCAACGCCCCUUCCUUCUAAUUGUGUCAGUCCAAAAUUAUUACAGGUUAAUGGGAGGGAAAAUGUAGAAAAAAAACAAAAGGGUGUCCUCUUUCAAUGCCCGAGUUCCAUGGGCGACCCCAGCGGCUAUAUAAAAAGGUGUUACUGCAUUAAUGGCUUUCAGACAUAGCAUCGGCGUUAAACGAUUUCAUGGGUAGUAGUACUCCAACCUUGGUCAUAAUAUUUUGAAGACAGAUGUGAUCACAGCAAUUUACAGCUCUCCAUGAUGAUGAAGCCUGACAUAUAUACUUACUAGGCGCGGGUGAUAGAACGGUCUCGAGACUAAUCAGCUAGCGAACUAUUCACUAGAAUUA